AUGGCCGCCGACAUCCCAACCCUCUCCAGGCUGCUCGAGGCCAGCCUGGACCCGCGCCAGAACAAGCAGGCCGAGCAGGCCAUCACCCACGAGCAGGCCAAGCCCAACUUCUCCCUCUCCCUCCUCCACAUCGUCGCCACCGACUCGGCCCCCGCCACAAUACGCCUCGCCAGCGCCCUCUACUUCAAGAACUUCAUCAAGCGCAACUGGGUCGACGAGGAUGGCAACUACAAGCUGCCCCAGGACGAGGUCGCGGCCAUCAAGCGCGAGCUGCUCGGCCUGAUGGUCUCGGUCCCCCCCAGCCUGCAGGCCCAGCUCGGCGAGGCCAUCAGCGCCAUCGCCGACAGCGACUUCUGGGAGCGCUGGGACACGCUCGUCGACGACCUCAUCUCGCGCCUCACCCCCGACAACUCGACCGUCAACAACGGCGUCCUGCGCGUCGCACACUCCAUCUUCAAGCGCUGGCGCCCGCUCUUCCGCUCAGACGACCUCUUCACCGAGAUCAACCACGUCCUGUCCAAGUUCAGCACCCCCUUCCUCACCCUGCUCCAGAACACCGACACCCUCAUCGCACACGCCCACGCCGACCCCGCCGCCCUCAAGAGCGCCUUCACCACCCUCGACCUCAUCAUGAAGCUCUUCUACGACCUGUCGUGCCAGGACCUGCCCCCCGUCUUCGAGGACAACGUCGCCGCCAUCUCCUCGGUCCUCCACAAGUACCUGACCUACGACAACCCUUCGCUGCACACCUCCGAAGACGACGAGUCCGGGCCGCAAGAAUACGUCCGGGCCGGCAUCUUCGAGGCCCUGAUGCUCUACAUCCAAAAGUACGAGGAUGCCUUCGGCGCCCACCUGGCUCAGUUCAUCGAGACCACCUGGAACUUUCUCAUGACCGUCGGGCUCGAGACAAAGUACGACAUCCUGGUCAGCAAGGCGCUGCAGUUCCUGACCGCUGUCGCCUCCACACAGCACGCCGAGAACUUCAACAGCCAGACCGUCCUCGUCCAGGUCAUCGAGAAGGUCAUUCUGCCAAACCUGACCCUGCGCGAGUCGGACGUGGAAUUGUUCGAGGACGAGCCGAUUGAGUUCAUCCGGAGAGAUCUGGAGGGCUCCGACAAUGACACCCGCCGACGAGCUGCCACCAACUUCCUCCGUCAACUCAUGUCCAAGUUCGAAGGCCUCGUCACGAGCACCUCCCAGACCUACGUGGACGCCUACCUCCAGAACUAUGCCCAGGACCCUGCCAACAACUGGAAAUCAAAGGACACGGCCGUGUACCUCUUCACGGCCAUCGCAGCCAAGGGCACCGCGACGGCCGCCCAGGGUAUCCUCAGCGUGAACGAGAACGUCGACGUCUUGGACUUCUUCCAGAAGCACAUCGCCUCCGACCUACAAACACCCGACGCAGAGGCCAUCCUGAAGGUCGACGCCAUCAAGUACCUCUACGUCUUCCGCAGCCAACUCUCCCCAGAUCUGUGGCGAGCGGCGUUCCCCCUGCUCGUCAACAACCUCGGAAACGACAACUACGUCAUUCACACAUACGCUGCCAUCGCCGUCGAGCGCGUCCUGUUCAUGACGGACGACAACCGCCAGCCCAUCAUCCCCAAGGGCGACGUCGUAGCGUCGUCCAGAGACCUCCUGACACAUCUGUUCAAGCUCAUCACCAAGAACUCUGCCCCCGAGAAGAUCCAGGAGAACGAGUUUCUGAUGAAGUGCGUCAUGCGUGUGCUCAUCUUCAUCCGGGACGGUGUGCUGCCCAUCUGCGAGAACAUCCUGAUGAACUUUGUCGCCAUCAUCAAGGUCAUCAGACACAACCCUAGCAACCCGCGAUUCCAGUACUACCUGUUCGAGGGCCUAGGUGCCCUCAUUCGCUUUGCCGCGCCAAGUCACCCUGAGGCCUUUGAGACGAAGCUCUACGAGCCCUUUGCGACGUGUUUGCAGGAAGGCGUCGAGGAGUUCUCGCCGUACAUCUUCCAGCUCUUCUCCGCGCUGCUCGAAGCCAACCCGUCAGGCCAGUUGACCGACUACUACCGAAGCCUGUUCUCCAUCAUCAUCCAGGGUGCCGUCUGGGAACAGCGCGGCAACGUGCCUGCACUGGCUCGCCUGCUCAGCGCCAUGGUCACCCGUGACGCGCAGCGCAUUGUCAACGACAAGCAGAUUGAGCCGAUCCUCGGUAUCUUCCAAAAGCUCGUCUCUACCAAGGCGCACGAGCUGCAUGCCUUUGAGCUCAUCGACGCCGUCGUCACCUACGUUCCGGCCGAGGCUCUGCAGCCUUACUUCGUCACCAUCCUCCAGCUGAUGCUGCAGAGGUUGUCCAACAUGAAGACAGAGAACUUCCAGCAACGCUUCAUCGCUUUCUACCACCUGGUCUCUGCGCGACAAGACAAGGGUCUGGGUGCAGAUUUCUACAUCAGUGUCACUGACCAGGUCCAGCACGACGUCUUCAAGCCCAUCUACUUGACAGUCAUCCUGCCCGACACCCAGAAACUUGCCAGACCCACGGACCGCAAGACUGCCGUAGUCUCCUUCACCAAGACGCUUGGAGAAUCUCAAGCCUUCGUUGACCGUUACCCCAAGGGCUGGGGCCUGACCACACAGCGACUGCUCGAGCUUCUUAUCAACCCACCUGUGCCUUCCACCGCCGAUGACCUGAUCCCAGAUGCAGAUGUCGACGAGGUUGGCUUUGGCGUUGGCUUCACCCAGCUCAACACAUGCAAAAAGGCGCCGCGCGACCCCUUCCCGGAGAUCACCGACGUCAAGCAGUGGGUUGGACAGUACUUAAAGGACGCAAACAGCCGGCACGGUGGAAAGAUUGUGAAGCUGGUGCAAGAGAGACUGAACCCGGAGCUGCAGCAGGCUCUGUCAUUGUAUCUGAACUAG